UGAUUACAGCCCGAUAACUCUCACCGUGCCAGCCUAAUAUGCAAGUUUGACCGCGCGCCGCAUACAUGCAUACAAUAUGCUCUUAUGGGGAAAUGGGUGAUUGGAGCAUAUGCCUGUAGGUUCGCCGGGUGGUUGAGAUACCAAAGUUAAGCCUAUAUGGCAUGCACCUAUCUAAAUAUCACGUAAAGUCCGUCAGAAUGGUUACAGGUGCAGUUGGCAUCGUCAACCAUCGGAGAUAUUCGCGGCAGGGGGACGAUUUCGACGAGGUAGCAGUUUCAUCAGCCGUACCUUAUACUAAUCUGGGACAUCCCCCGGUCUGUCGAAAAGCAUAUGCAGCUAGGAAAGACUUGAUGCAUAGAGAUGAACAGGUACACCCACCAGGGACAGUGUCUGCCAUUAUCGAGAACCGCUUUAACAAAACAAUACAUCUCAGACAAAGCGAGGCAACAGGCCACUUUGGCGAUUCGACGAGAUAAAAUAUCAUGGAUAGAAGGCAAUCGGAGUACCGCGAUGCAACCAUACUGCUCUACGUAAAUACCUGUGGCUUAUCUUCGUAUACAACUGGUACAGGCCUAUUAAAGAGUUUUUGGAAACUGA